AUUUUAUAAAUUACCCAUGCUCCUCCGUUUUGCUCUCUUCAAUAUAUUCGCUUCAUUCCUACUAGCUUUAAAGUUAAAUCACUGAAACAAGGUGGAAAAAAAAAAUAUCAAAGAGAAGCAGAAGCUUCGUUCUUACGCGUUUUCUGUUCCCAAGAGCCGAAUCACUUUCAACUGGAACCCUAGACCUGUCUCAGAUUUAUCUUCCUUAUACUGAAUGCUCAGUCUAUAGUAGCUUAGAUUCGAACCGUAUAUUACAAGAUCUGCUAUUAUCAUGGCUUUCUCGGAAAGGAAGAUGCCCGGAAUCUGCUCGGUUUUUCUGUUAGUGGUUCUAUUUGCCCAUUCUUGUCAUGGGUUUUAUCUGCCUGGAAGUUACAUGCACACAUAUUCGACUUCGGAUACCAUAGUUGCCAAAGUUAAUUCAUUGACUUCCAUUGAAACCGAGCUUCCCUUUAGUUAUUACAGUCUCCCUUAUUGCAAACCUCUCGGUGGAAUAAAGAAAAGUGCCGAGAAUCUAGGUGAGCUUCUCAUGGGAGAUCAGAUUGAUAACUCCCCGUAUCGGUUUAAAAUGAAUGUGAACGAGUCUCUCUAUGUUUGUACUACCAGCCCCUUGAAUGAGCAUGAAGUUAAGCUUUUGAAACAGAGGACUCGUGAUUUAUAUCAAGUGAAUAUGAUUCUAGACAAUUUGCCGGUUAUGAGGAUUGCAAAACAAAAUGGGGUUAGUAUUCAGUGGACUGGAUUCCCAGUUGGGUUUACUCCACCAAAUAGUAAUGAUGAUUACAUUAUCAAUCAUCUCAAGUUCAAGGUCUUGGUUCAUGAGUAUGAGGGAAGUGGGGUGCAGAUAAUUGGAACUGGGGAAGAAGGGAUGGGUGUCAUCUCCGAAGCUGAUAAGAAGAAGGCAUCUGGUUAUGAGAUUGUUGGUUUUGAAGUGACUCCAUGCAGUGUUAAGUACGAUCCAGAAGUCAUGACUAAGCUUCACAUGUAUGAUAGUAUCUCUCCUGUGAACUGCCCCUUGGAGCUAGACAAGUCACAGAUAAUAAGGGAACGAGAAAGGAUCUCUUUUACUUAUGAGGUUGAAUUUGUUAAAAGUGAUAUUAGAUGGCCGUCUCGGUGGGAUGCUUAUUUGAAGAUGGAAGGAGCACGUGUGCACUGGUUUUCAAUUCUAAAUUCAUUGAUGGUGAUCACUUUCUUAGCUGGUAUUGUGUUUGUCAUAUUCUUAAGGACUGUGAGGAGGGAUUUGACAAGGUAUGAGGAAUUGGACAAAGAAGCUCAAGCACAAAUGAAUGAGGAGCUUUCUGGAUGGAAGCUUGUUGUUGGUGAUGUUUUUAGGGAACCAGAUUGCGCGAAGCUUCUCUGUGUGAUGAUUGGAGAUGGAGUUCAGAUUACAGGAAUGGCAGCAGUCACUAUAGUUUUUGCUGCUUUUGGUUUCAUGUCACCUGCCUCACGAGGAAUGCUACUGACAGGGAUGAUUAUUCUUUAUCUUUUCUUGGGUAUUGCUGCUGGGUAUGCUGCUGUACGACUCUGGAGAACUCUCAAGGGAACUUCAGAAGGAUGGAGGUCCGUUUCCUGGUCGGUUGCAUGCUUCUUUCCUGGAAUUGUGUUUGUUAUCCUCACAGUAUUGAAUUUUAUUCUGUGGGGCAGCAAAAGCACUGGUGCAAUUCCCAUUUCUCUGUAUUUUGUACUCUUGUCUCUCUGGUUCUGCAUUUCUGUGCCUCUCACUCUCGUGGGAGGAUUCUUAGGGACCAGAGCUGAAGCUAUACAAUAUCCUGUACGAACCAACCAGAUUCCAAGGGAGAUUCCUGCUCGCAAAUAUCCAUCUUGGCUUCUUGUUCUUGGUGCAGGGACCCUUCCAUUUGGAACCCUGUUCAUUGAACUCUUCUUCAUCCUUUCUAGCAUCUGGCUUGGCAGGUUCUAUUAUGUAUUUGGCUUCUUGCUUAUAGUUCUUCUACUGCUUAUCAUUGUUUGUGCUGAAGUUUCGGUGGUCCUUACCUACAUGCAUCUCUGCGUUGAGGACUGGCGAUGGUGGUGGAAGGCUUUCUUUGCUUCGGGUUCAGUUGCACUCUAUGUGUUCCUAUACUCCAUCAAUUACUUGGUGUUUGACCUACAGAGUUUGAGUGGUCCUGUGUCAGCUAUUCUUUAUCUUGGCUACUCAAUGAUCAUGGCAAUUGCAAUCAUGUUGUCUACAGGCACCAUUGGCUUCAUCACAUCAUUCUAUUUUGUCCAUUAUCUUUUCUCAUCUGUCAAGAUCGAUUAAAAAGGUUCCAUUGCGAUCUUGAGCUACCAUCCUGGAAAAGACUUUGGCAUGUAAGAGGAUGAUUUCUCUCAAGUUGCCUUUGGUAGCCGAUCAUGUAUCACUGUAUCAGUAUAUCAAACAGGCCCUCAAUGGUCAUUCAAAAAUAUCUGUUAUAGGACCUGAUAGUCGCAUACUUCCGUCCUGCUCUGCCAUUUUCAUUUUCCUUUACUGCAGUUACCUAGUUAUUGGUUUUUGUUGGAUUGCGCACAGCUCAAUUAUUUUGAUGUUCUAGAAAGUUGUAAUUUUGUUGGAUUGUAAAAACCUUUAAUAUUUGAUCUUUCUCAUAUUUUUAAUCAAAUAGAAGGGUUUAUUA